AAUCCAUCAUCAGACGCGGCGUGAGCUCGGAGUGAUGAGGAGCAGAUGAAGAUGAUGAAGAUGAUGAAGCUGAUGAAGCUGAGCUCGGAGGAUGUGCAUCAGCAGAGUAUGUCACCAUGAACCUGACGCUGAGCGCCGAGCCCGGAUCAUUCCUGACCAACAGCUCUCCAGGGAUGCGGGCCAAUCCCGUCACAGCGUUCGUACCAUGUGACGUAAAGACCGUCAACGAUUCGCUCCUCAUGAAGGGCUUCAAUCUGACCGUCAAUGCCACUCUGGAGUCACCAGAAUCGCUCGGUGGACACAACAUCUGGCAGAUCGUGAUGAUCGUGUUCCUGUGCGGCUCGCUCUCUUUAGUCACCAUCACCGGCAACAUCCUGGUCCUGGUGUCCUUUAAAGUCAACAAGCAGCUGAAGACGGUGAAUAACUAUUACUUGCUCAGCCUGGCGUUCGCAGACCUCAUCAUUGGGGUGCUUUCGAUGAACCUCUACACUACGUAUAUAAUCAUGGACCACUGGGCGCUGGGGAACUGGGCGUGCGAUCUGUGGCUGGCGGUCGAUUACGUCGCUAGCAAUGCUUCAGUGAUGAACCUGCUGGUCAUCAGCUUCGACAGGUACUUCUCCGUCACUCGUCCGCUGACAUACAGAGCCAAACGCACCACGAAGAGAGCCAUGACCAUGAUCGGACUCGCCUGGUCUAUUUCCUUCAUCCUCUGGGCACCAGCUAUCCUCUUCUGGCAGUAUUUCGUCGGGGAGCGGACGGUUCCUCCGGGAGAAUGCUACAUCCAGUUCCUCUCGGAGCCGAUCACCACUUUCUGCACAGCCAUCGCUGCUUUCUAUCUGCCGGUCACCAUCAUGACCGUCCUCUACUGGCGGAUCUACAAGGAGACGGAGAACCGCUCCAAAGAGCUGGCUGGACUCAAGGGUUCGGGGAACCAAGGGAGUCCGGAGGAAUCCCUGCAAAAAUGUGUUGGGAAUCGGAGAAGCUCACGCGGUCACAGCAGUAAUGAGCUCCACCAGAGAAACUCAGGGAGAUGUUUUUGGUUCUGGCCGUUGAGUCGGAAAGCUCGGAAGAGUCCCGGCAGCGAGACGGACCGCAGUAGCAGCGAUAGCUGGAAUAAUAACGAAACGGCCGUGUCCGUCGACCAGUCGGAUGAUGAGGAGGAGGAAGAUGGAGAAGCCGUGUACUCCAUCUCCGAGAACCUCCACCAAGACGCAAGACCUUCCAGAAAGGGAUUGGACCCCACAGCAUCCAAAGAUCAACCCAACACCAGCGACGGCAAACGCUUCGCCUGCAAGGCCAAGACGCAGGUCAAGCGCAAGAAGAUCUCUCUGGUGAAAGAGAAGAAAGCAGCGCAGACGCUGAGCGCCAUCCUCCUGGCCUUCAUCAUCACGUGGACGCCGUACAACAUCAUGGUCCUGGUGAACACCUUCUGUGACGAGUGCAUCCCCGAGACGCUGUGGGCUCUGGGAUACUGGCUGUGUUACGUCAACAGCACGGUUAACCCCAUGUGUUACGCUCUCUGUAACAAGACCUUCCGCUCCACCUUCAGAUCCAUCCUGCUGUGUCAGUGGAGUCAGAACAAACCCAACCAGCCUCGGCUCCAGCAGAGACACGCUCCCACCCAGAACUAGAGGAACCGUGUCCUGUUCAGAUUAGUGCUGGGUAACGAUUGAUCACGAUUCAUUUGUACAUGAUAUGUGUGUAUAUUUAUACACAUACACACAUGAAUGUAUUUAAGAAAAAGAUGUUAUGUUUAUAUAUUAAAUAUAUUUAUAUAUAUAGUAUAAAUAAUAUGAAUAUGUGCAUGUAAAUAUUUUGAAACUGUUUGUGUGUGUCUUUAUAUAUACAUAUUGAGCAUGCACCGUACACACACAUCUGUGUCUCUGGAGCAACUUCAUUUUUGAUUAGUAAUAUGCAUUUCUAAGAACUUAAUUUGAACAACUUUAAAGAUGAUUUUCUGAUUAUGAUUAAUGAUUUCCCAGCAGUAGUUUAUCGUGCCUCAGUGGAUUGUGUGAAGCGUCUGCUGCACCCUGUACAGAUAUAAUUAUGCAAAACAGAUGUUUUCCUUCCUGUGUUGAUGUAUUUCCUUCUGAAACAGAGAGUGGUGCGGGACGUGCAGUGUGUAAGGGCUCAUGGUUUUUUUAACCCUCUGGUGUUGGUCAUUUUAGACACUAAUUUUUUUUCUAAUAGAUGUAAAAAAAUCACUACUUCAUUGGAAACUGUGGCUUCUGUGGCAGAUGCUAUGUUACCCCCCCACCUCCCCAAAAAAAAGCCAUGGACUUGAUUUGAAAAAAUUAAAUGGUCAUAAAAACAAUACAAAGAUGUUUUUGUACAAUCUAUAAAUCAGCCACAAAGCAGAAAAUAAGUGCAGAGCAGUAAAGGGGUGACAGACAGCACCUAAUGAUGCCUGAAAACACUGCUCAGUGACUAAGGAUUGCACAGCUCUGAUUAUAAAAGGUUAUACUGGCAUCUAAUGACCCGAAUUCAAUGGACUUUAAAUACUUUUGCUCUGUUUUUUACUUAAAUACUGCAUUAACUGAAAGAAUAUAUCAUUAUUUUAUUUUUUUAAUCAUAUAUACAGAAAAUAGUCCAUAAUUUAGAUAUGUAUAUUAAUUAGUAACAUGAAACACACUCAAAAUACAAAAUGUAAAAGAACAAUAUUCAGUAUAUUCAUUUUGAAAAAACUGUUUUCUACACAGUUUUGGCCUCCGAAGGAACAACAACAGAGGGUUAAAUCAAUCACUUUGUCCAACCCUACAUUAUUUCUCUCAGGUUGGCUCAUAAUGUACAUACAAUACAUUUUAUUUGGACUUUAAUUCAAUGCUAAAGGAAGAUUUCACCCAAAAAUGUUAAAUCUGUCCUCAUUAACAUACAUUUACCCUCAAAGCUUUCUGUCUUCUGCUGAACACGAAAGAAGAUAUUCUGAAGAAAGUUAGGAACCAAAACAUACAGCAGCUGCUCGCCAUUGACCUCGGCAGUAUGAAGAAAAUACUACAGCGAAAAUACUAUCCCUAUUCACGUUCUCUGAUCUGAUUUCUGUGUUUCACUGGGUUGUGUGUGGAUGUUUUGUGAUGCCCAAUCUUCUCUGUGAUUUUGUACUUUCAGCUUUUAACUGUUUUAUUGCAGAAAUGAACUUCUACUGCGUUGGAUGUCGCACUCUUGAAUGUUUUAAAAAUGUAUUUCCACUUUAAGUCAAGUGCACACUACAAAACCUAAGCACUUCAUGUUUUUAGGGUAACACUUUAUUCCAAGUCCACUUUUGACCUUCUAGUAAAUACAAGUAUCUUUGCAACUACAUAUGCUGACAUUAAAGAACAGAAUAUAUUUUUUUAUGCCAACAGUAAUCUAAAAGUACUAAAUGUGUAAUCAAAUAUGAAGUCUUUUUGCAAGUAUAUGUCAACUUAUUCAGCUAACCCUAACCAAAAGGUCUUUUAAUACUCUAAUGAGAGUUAGUUAACAUGAAGUUACUUUAAUGUCCCAAGCAUACUAUGGUAAUAAAGUGUGAGACUGCAGCAAAAACCUCCAGAUUGUAACCUGAAGUUCUCAUCUCUAAUGCAAGAACUGUAAGUACUGGAGUACUGGAAACUUUUUUAUUUCAAAUAAAUCAUUUGCUAGAUACUUGUGUAAAAUAUUGAGAUUAAAAGUAAGAUUCCUCUGUACUUUUAAACCCCUGAGAGCAGAAACGAGUCAGUAAAGCAGAAGAGCGUGAAGCAGUGCCAGCGGAGGCUGAGGCCGUGGGAAGACGGAGCCAAAAAAACCUGCUGCCCACGUCUCCUUAAAUGCCAUCGCAUCACUGGUAAAUCAGUGUAACAACAAGUGAAAACCCUCCUGCAUUCUGAGAAGAAUAAACUGCGAGAACUCAUACUGGGAUUCAGUCGGGGGGAAAUGAAGGAAAUGACCUUGUGAUUACUGCAUUAUGGGUCAUUGUGGAUCACUGCAUUGUGUAGUAUGCAUUCCUGUAGCUCAAAGAGUAGAUCAUGGCACAUAUAACAGCAAGGUCAUGGGAUCGAUUCCCAGGGAAUGCAUGAACUGAUCUAGUGUAAACCUUAAAUGCAACACAAGUCACUUAGGAUAAAAGCAUCUGCUAAAUGUGUGCAUGUAAAUGGCUCAAACCGUAGAUCAUGGUUUGCAACAGCUAGGUCAUAGGUUCGAUUCCCAGAAAUGCAUGAGCUGAUCAAAUGUAGACCUUGAAUGCAACAGAUAAAAUCAUCUGCCAGAUGCAUGAAUGUGUGUAAACCAAUAUGACACAAAACAGAAAGCUGUGAGUGUUAAAUGUGCUUCUGUCUUGUAGUGUGCACUUGUUCAGCUGAACUGUGAGGUCGUGACCUCUCUGAGCAAAUGCUGCUGUUGCUCCGACAGAUGUUUGAGUAGUUCUGCAGGACUUGAUCCUCUUCUUUAUGUUUUUACAGCAGAACAUUUAGUGCAAAAACAACUUCAAGCUUGUCCAGGAGUGUCUGCAGCAACAACAACAAAACUAUAAAUGGACAAUGUGGGAGGAAAAUGAUCAAUAAUGAACUCCUCUUUUAUUUGUGAUAUGUAAUAUUUGAUUAUUGUGUUCUAUGCAUAUCUGGUUGGGAGUUUAGUGCCUGUUUCUGUCAUAAUACGUAGUUCAGAUUGUUUUUGAAUGUGGAACCAAGAUGCCGUUUGAUUACUAAUAAAUAAAUAUGGUGGUUUUUAUAUGAUUAGAGAACAAUACGCUCUCAAAAACAUGUAAAUGACUCUGAAAAUAAACUGAGAUCUCUGAUUAUGAUGGAGGAUUUCUCUUGUUAAACAACUGACUGAUAAUAUCUGUCUGUCCUGUGACUGUUUUCCAGUAUGUUUGGAGUAAAGUGGAUCAGAGAUCAUGUCAUAUGCAGUACGUGUUGUGUAGAAUUACUCCCAGAUUGUAGAGAUAAAGUGUUGUUUCUGUGAUUCAGAUCUGACUCGAGAAGUUAAAAUCUCACUGAGGUUUCAGAUCAAAUAUAGAGUCACACUUCCCUCUAGUGGUCAUAAUAACAUUCCUAAAUAUUCUCAAGAGUCAGAGAGAGACUGUUGUUUACGUUUAUACACACACACACACACACACACUUUCUGAAAAACUUUGGUGUUCACUGUUUAAAUAAAGAUUUGAAUAAAGAUUCAGGACAAUACACAUCUUUAUAUUGAUAACUAUAGCACUGGGAGUGAUAAAUUAUAAACUGCUGUAUAAAUUCAUAUGAGUUUUAUCUAUAGGCUAUUGAGAUUUUUCAAUCAAUAAAAACCAAAAUCAAUAAAACCAAA